CUGAGCUCUUCAGUCGUACGACAACUCGCCAAGAGUUCAGAUCUGGAAAAUCAGGAAAUACCUUGCCACACAUCGAAGUUAUCAAGUGCCAUUUUUACGUAACAUUUUGACGGACUCAAACAUGGCCAUUCCAUUUUUCGAAGAAGAGCACGCCUCGAAAUCGGAACCCAGUGGCGAUCAAGUCGAUAGCCCCAUGGCUUUCUCCAUAGACCCCGGACAUGAUCAAGUGGACUUUGAAGGACCUCCGUCUGCAGCAGAGGAACUCCCGCCACCAGGAGCAACAAGUGAGCCAGUUGCGCCUCCGAGUGCCGAGGAGCAACUGCUGGCCUGGAAAUUCCUGGCCAUCACCAUGUGCAAGGUCCUGAAGCAAUUCUACCUACAGCACAAGUCAUCCGGAAAAUCCAGCAAACUAAAGGCCACCGUUCAAAUACAACCGCAGGCGCAGUAAAUACUUUGAAAACCAACUUAAGCACCAACUAAGGCUCCUAAAAGCGCAACUUGUGAUUACUUUACGUUGGUGAGAACUAGCGCAGCCGGAAAAUUUCGAGAGAGAAUGAGCGAGACAGUGACAGAGAAAUGUGAAUCAAUUUCCCAAGGAAAACCCUAAAACAAGAUUAACUUUUGAUACAUGUAUUUUCUUUGCUGGAAAUUAAGCACAUAGUUUCUUAUCCGUCGGGAUACAACAAAAUUUAAAACUUUGGAUAAGCGCAAAUGUGAUAAAUAAUUUUGCUAAAAAAAUUUACAGUCCAAGUAUUUGUUUAGUAAACUUAUUUAAGUUAGUUUUACUUGUUUAACUGAAUAAGUUAGGUUCUCGUAGGUGGUCGGCCCAGUGCAAGGAUAAGUGAACGAAAAGUCCAAACAUAUAUUGGAAAAUUGUCUGAAGAGAUAAAAGCAAAAUUUUGUAAGCAGCAGCUAGUUUUCAAAUCGAAACCAACUUAGUUGAUAAGCCAACCUAUUCUACAUGCUAUAACUACAAAUAGUUACAACUUUUUUACAAACAACUCUCUUGGUGUCUAUUAAUGGGGAAAUUUAAAAGAUUCAACUUCCUAGGUAGAGUGCUUCUUAAACUUAGCAAAUAUUUAUGGAAAUAUAUUUUUUAAAAUUGAAACAUAUUUUUAUAUUUACUUUGCCGUCGAUAUAUAAGCUGUGUACGUGUCAAUCUAGUUUAUAGAUCUAUUCUUAUAAGCAAUAUGUGGCUAAGAAUCCAUGCGAAAUAAAUCGAUGUAAAGGCGCUCUUCGCGUAACGAGCAUAAACAUAGUACAAGUUCAAAAGUAGAAAUAUUUACACACAUAAAUACUCCAAACUACACAUUCUUUUAAGCAAUUUAAUGUAACUUAAGCUAAGUAAAGCAAAUGGCAUGCAUACAACUGAAAUAAAAAUAUUA